CAACGACCUGAAGUUUUGGUUAGGGUUAGGGUUCUCGUGAAAACCAGAAGAAACCCUCCUUUUCCAUCUGCAACUCUUGAAGAGAAAAGAGGGUUUAGGGUUUUUCACGACCCUGCAAAAGGGUAGUCAAAGAUGGUUCAUUUCUCUUCGUCGGUGAUCAAAUGGCACUUUCUCUUGCUGUUCUGGGUCUUCUUUGGCGUUGCCUUUGCCGAUUCGGACAAAUCGGUGUUGCUCCAGUUCAAGAACUCGGUCUCCGAUCCCUCAGGUCUGCUGUCUAGUUGGAGUGACAGUGACAGUUCGAAUUAUUGCUCUUGGUUUGGUGUGCUCUGCGACUCGAACUCGCGGGUCGUGUCGCUCAACAUUACGGGUCGCGGCAGUGAGAAAGGUAGUUCAAAUGAUAGUCAACAUGUUUUCUCUUGCUCUGAUUUUAGCGUGUUCCCGUUAUAUGGGUUUGGUAUUAGAAGGAAUUGUGGUAGUAGUAAUGGGAGUUUGCAUGGCAAAUCGCUGUCUGUUUUGGGAGAUUUGAGUGAGCUUAAGGUUCUGUCGCUUCCGUUCAAUCGUUUUGAUUGUGAGAUUCCUGGUGAAAUCUGGGGCAUGGAAAAGCUAGAGGUUCUUGAUCUGGAGGGGAACUUGUUAUCUGGGAUGUUGCCCAUUAAUUUUGCUGGGUUAAAGAACUUGCGGGUUCUUAAUCUGGGGUUUAACAGGAUUAGUGGGGAGAUACCAAAUGCUCUUUCGAAUUUUGCCAAAUUAGAGAUCUUGAAUUUGGCUGGUAACCCUCUUAAUGGAACUUUACCUGGGUUUGUUGGUAGAUUGAGGGGUGUUUACUUGUCAUUUAGUCGUCUCCAUGGGUCCUUACCUAGUGAUAUUGGAGACAGUUGCAGGCUUGAGUAUUUGGAUUUAUCCGGGAACUUAUUUGUUGGGAAGAUUCCUCAGAGUUUGGGAAAUUGUAGUCAGUUGAGAACGUUGUUAUUGUACGCAAAUUUGUUGGGGGAGGGUAUUCCAGGUGAACUUGGCCGGCUUCAGAGUCUGGAAGUCUUGGAUGUGUCAAGGAAUAGCCUCAGUGGUCCGAUUCCUGCUGGGCUUGGAAAUUGUUCUAGACUUUCUGUGCUUGUUCUUUCAAACUUAUUUAUCCCAUAUGAUGAUCUUGCAAUACCAAGAGGGGAUCCUUCAGAUGAGCAGUCAGGUUCUAUAAAUGAUGAAUACAAUUUUUAUCAAGGCAGGAUUCCUGUUGAAAUAACAAGACUUUCAAGUCUGAGGAUAUUGUGGGCGCCAAGGGCAACAUUUGAAGGCCCGUUGCCAAGUGAUUUUGGCACUUGUGAUAACCUGGAGAUGAUCAAUUUGGCACAGAACUUUUUUGCAGGGGACAUUCCUGUGGGGCUUACUCUCUGCAAGAAGCUGUCGUACCUUGACUUGAGCUCAAAUAAGGGCCUUAGUGGAGAGCUUGUUGAAGACCUUUCAGUUCCUUGCAUGAGUGUGUUUGAUGUCAGUAGCAAUGCAUUAUCAGGUCCAAUCCCUGCGUUUAAGACUCAUGAAUGCCCUGCUGUUUUUCCCUCAGAUUCAUACUCUUCUGAACCCUACAGCCCAUCAUCUGCAUAUUUGUCAUUUUUAGCUGGUAAAACUCAAGUUGGAAUAUCUUAUCAAUUUCUUGGAGGAGAUGGUGCUGCUGCUGUGUUUCACAAUUUUGGAGGUAACAACUUUACGGGCAGUCUUUUGUCAAUGCCAAUUGCAACUCAAAGGUUGGGGGAAAAAAUUACUUAUGCAUUUUUUGCCGGAGAAAACAUGCUUUCAGGACCAUUUCCUGGGAGUUUGUUUGAGAAGUGUGAUGGAUUAGAUGCACUGAUUGUUAAUGUCAGCAACAAUGGAAUGAAUGGUCAGAUUCCAGCUGAAAUUGGUAAAUUAUGCAGAUCUCUCAAAAUUCUGGAUGCUUCUGUCAAUCAAAUCUCUGGGCCCAUUCCGCCUACUUUGGGAGAGUUGGCAUCACUAGUAUCACUUAAUUUGAGCUGGAACCUGCUGAAAGACCAGAUUCCUAACAAUGUGGGGCAGAUGAAGAGUCUGAAAUGUCUUUCUUUGGCUGGAAAUAAUCUCACAGGAUCAAUUCCUCGUAGUUUUGGCCAGUUGCCAUCUUUAGAAGUGCUGGACCUGUCUACAAAUUCUCUUUCUGGUGAAAUUCCUGCAGAUCUUGUGAACUUGAGAAACCUGACGGCUCUUCUGCUCAAUAACAACAAGCUUUCAGGGAAGAUUCCUUCUGGUUUGGAGAAUGUGACUAGGCUCUCAUCAUUUAACGUGUCCUUCAAUAACUUGUCUGGGCCACUGCCUUCAAACAAUAGUUUGAUGAAAUGCAGCAGUCUUCUUGGAAACCCUUAUCUACAGCCUUGCCCUGUGUACUCCUUAGCAGUACCAUCUUCAGAUAUACAAGCAAGAGGGAAUUCACUAGAUUCUACUGCUGCCCCACUAGAAAGUCCACCCCCAAGUGGAGGAAAUGGUUCUUUCAGUUCGAUUGAGAUAGCAUCCAUAGCUUCUGCUUCAGCAAUUGUCUCUGUUCUUAUUGCUCUUGUUAUAUUAUUCCUUUACACAAGGAAGUGGAAUCCCAAGUCUAGAAUCAGUGCUACCAAAAAAGAAGUAACAAUUUUCAGUGAAAUUGGAACUCCAUUGACUUUUGAUAAUGUUGUGCGUGCCACGGGAAAUUUCAAUGCCAGCAAUUGCAUUGGACAUGGAGGUUUUGGGGCAACUUACAAAGCAGAAAUUGCACCUGGAGUUUUAGUGGCAAUAAAGAGGCUUGCAAUUGGACGGUUUCAAGGACAUCAACAAUUUGAUGCAGAAAUUAAAACCCUUGGGAGGUUGCGACAUCCAAAUCUGGUCACUCUAAUUGGCUAUCAUUCUAGUGAUACGGAGAUGUUUCUAAUAUAUAAUUACCUGCCUGGUGGUAAUUUGGAAAAAUUUAUUCAGGAGAGAUCCACAAGAGCUGUCGACUGGAGGGUGCUUCACAAGAUUGCUUUGGAUAUUGCCUGUGCUCUGGCUUACCUACAUGAUCAGUGUGUCCCACGGAUUCUCCAUCGUGAUGUUAAGCCCAGCAAUAUCCUGUUGGAUGAUGACCACAAUGCUUAUUUAUCAGAUUUUGGCUUGGCAAGACUUUUGGGAACUUCAGAAACACAUGCCACCACAGGUGUUGCUGGAACUUUUGGAUAUGUUGCUCCAGAAUAUGCAAUGACUUGCCGUGUUUCUGACAAGGCUGAUGUAUACAGUUAUGGGGUGGUGCUCCUUGAGUUGCUGUCUGAUAAGAAAGCUUUGGAUCCCUCCUUCUCUCCAUAUGGAAAUGGUUUCAACAUUGUUCAAUGGGCAUGCAUGCUCUUGCGACAAGGGCAGGCCAGGGAGUUCUUCACUGCUGGAUUAUGGGAUGCAGGUCCGCAUGAUGGUUUGGUAGAGGUUCUACACUUAGCAGUUGUAUGUACUGUGGAAUCUCUUUCUACCAGACCUACAAUGAAGCAAGUUGUACGGCGGCUCAAGCAACUACAACCGCCAUCAUGUUAACAGCUGGCCAGGCUUCUGUUGAUUAACAUAGUUCUGGUAGGAGGUAUGCCCCGCACUCGAUCAUUUGUUGUGGGGAUCCCGUAGGUACAAAGUCUAAGUUGUAGUUAUUCCCACUUGUAAAUUGUAACACGGUUUUGCCUCCAAUUUUCGAUGCUAUUUCUCAGAGUAGGAGGUUUCACUGAUGGAUCUGCACAAGAAUGCAGACGUUCGAUAUCCAAGUUGUACACUGUGUAUUUGAGUUUCAUUUGUUUAAUAAAACAAAUAGAAUAGU